AUGGCCGUGCGCGAUGUCGACCACGAGGACAUCGGCGCCGGCCUUGACCAGCGCCUCGGCGCGGUGGAUGUCGUCCGACUUGACGCCCACCGCCGCGCCGACGAGCAGGCGGCCCUGCGCGUCCAACGACGCGAGGGCGUUCGUCGUCAGCUUCACGAUGUCCGACGAGGUAAUCAGGUAGCGAAGACGGCGGCUGGGGUCCAGGACGGGGAUGUUGUGGGUGCGGGUCUCCCGCAUCAACUUCCGCGCCUCCUCCAGGGUGAUCGCUGCGUUUGUCGUGGUGAUCACGCGGUCAAUCGGGGUCAUGAGGCUUCGCACGCGGUCGUGGCGGUCCGCGAAAAGGAGGUCCGACCGGGUGAGGACGCCGAGCAGGCGCCGCUCCGCCGGGUCGUUGACGACCAUCAAACACCCCACCCCGCCCUUGCGGCCCUCCCAGUCCAUCGCCGCGAGGGCGUCGGCCUUGGUGGCGUCGGGGACGAUGCAGCGCGGGUCCUCGAUGCGGAAGGACUGCGCGCGCUUGACCUUCCGCAGCAUCGCGCACUGCUCGGCCACCCCGCAGAAGCGGUGGAGGAUCCCGAUGCCCCCUUCCCGCGCCAUCGCGACGGCCGUCUUGUCCUCGCAGAUCGUGUCCAUGUUGCUCGCAAGGAUGGGAAUGCGCAGGGUCAGGCGGCGGCUCAGCCGGGUCGCGGUGUCCACCCCGCGACGCGAGCGAACCCCGCUGUGCUGGGGAACCAAAAGCACAUCGUCGUAGGUCAGACCUUCCGGCAAGGACCGCGGCGUCGAGAGGCUCGCCAUUCCUAA